AAACCCAGGAGGACGAAAAAGGAUAAGGCAGAACAAAAAAAAAGAAAAAAACGCAACACGUAACACAGUGAGGCCAGAAGAGCAGUGAGUGGAUUGGCGGGGUGGACAAAACAUAUAUAUGUAGGCUCAAAUUCACUGCUGGAUACACACGGAGACUUUAAGUAAAACGCCCGCCGAAAGCGCCAACAUCAUCAACUUGUUUUAAUUUGGAACAUGUAGUGGUAGUAAUAGAGAAGCCUGGUAUAUACACUUACACCCUCACACUCACACACACACACUGGCAAAAUGCUCAUACGCCUACGUUAUGGCAGAAGGUGGCAAACCUAUUUGAAAAUAGGCGCCUGCAUUUUGGUGGGUGUCUGUUAUUUUGCCUUCCUUUUUCGUGAAUCUCUCAAUGCGUAUGAGCAUCGAGAGCGUUCAUCUGCUGCUGGCGAUCAGAUGGAUAACGAAUUGGGUGACUCCUCCAAGCAACAGCAACAACAACAGCAAUUGAAACUGAAACGCCAACAAAUGCAACGGCAACGUUUGUUGGCCCAACAACAACAACUGUCCAAAAAUGGCAGUGCCGCAACAUCACAAUUGACACAACCACCGCCCCCACCACCACCACCGAGCACACUGAAUCCGGUCUAUGAGUACUCCGAGGAGCUGCACAGUUGCACGGAACGUGAAUUGCAAUUGCGACGAGAACAUUUGGCCACCGUUUGUGAGCGUCACAAAUUGCAGGAAAAAUAUCCACCGAAUCCAUGGGAAUUUUUCGUUUCACCAGGGCACAAUAAUCUCGUAUGGUGCAAUGUUUUUAAGGCUGCCAGCAGUACUUGGAUGUAUUACUUUAAUAUAUUAGCCGGCUAUGAUGUGAAAUAUUUGCAGAGAACCGAAACUCAGCCACUUGAAUUGGCACGCAAACGAUUUCCUCGUCCCGAAUUGGCCGAAUUGUUGGAACUUUUGCCCAGUGCUCUAUCCUUUCUGUUUGUCAGAGAUCCUUUUGAACGCAUAUUGAGUGCCUAUCGUAAUAAAUUGGAGGGAAAUCGUAAUAGUUUCUACAAGGCUCUGGGCACACGAAUCGUUCAUCGUUUUCGACAACGUCAUUUGGGUGGUCCCUGGCCACGUUGUGGUCCAACUUUCGAGGAAUUUGUACGCUUUCUGAUUGCUGAGCAUGAGGCGGGCAAACGUUUUGACGAGCACUGGGCACCGAUCUAUAGUUUUUGCACACCAUGCAGUGUGAAUUUCACAAUUAUUGGCAAAACGGAGACAUUUCAGCGCGAUUCGGAAUUUAUAAUACGUCAGGCUGGUUUGGAAUCCUUAUUACUCGGCAAAUUGCCACAACGAAAGUUACGAAAAAUUGGCAAUCAAGGACGUAGUGGCGUCAAAUCGGAAGCUCUGGUGGAACGAUAUUUUGCCGAUAUCGAACGCUCAACAUUGGACCAAUUGCUCAAAAUAUAUCGCAUCGAUUUCGAAUUGUUUGACUAUGAUUAUCAUAAGUACUAUGAUAUGGUGCAUCCAUGGAGCAUGGAGCAGCAGCAACAGACAACAGCAAGUGCAAACAAUGGGCCACCAUCGACCACACAGUCAUCCGGAAUGGCCCAAGUGUUGGUGGGCACGGAUGCCACUCUUAGCACCAAGUAGACCAAACAUCUACCACCUAUCCCUCAACAAAAACAAACAACUAAAAACCCAAACAAGAUUGCGAUAAGUCGUUGAACAAUCUUAUCAUGUACCUUUUACACUAUAUAAAACUAAACUAAAAACCAAAAACCCCAACCGAAACUACCAAAAAAGUUUAAGGCCAAAAUCAACGUUUUCCAAAAACGCAAAAAAAAAGAAAAAAACAAAAAUAAUGCACACAAAACUCUCGACCUCUCUUUGAAAAAAAAAAAACAAAA